CCGCUCACUCCGGCCCUCUCCCGGAGCGCGGCCGGGGUGGCGCCGGAGCAGCCGCGCCCAGGGGCUCCGGCCUCGGCGACGAUUAGCUGCCGGAUCCCGUAGUUCACAGCAAAUCUUUUAAUUAAGCAUGGAAUAUGGAAAACAGCAGAAAAACUUCUGCUAGUGCUUUAGUCUCAUCUGAAAUUCUAUGGUAGGCUCCUUGCCCAGUGUAGGGCUUGAACUCAUGACCCUGAGAUCAAGAGUCACAUGCUCUACUGACUGAGCCAGCCAGGCACCCCAGGAAAUUGAGAUUUUCUUGCUCUUCUAAGGCUGUUCUAUCAUGUGGCUCUUUCAGACUGCUCACCCCUGAGUGCAGAGAAAUUUCAAGCAUUAUUUUUGCUGCAUACUACUGAAUGUCCAGUUAGUGAAAUUGAAGGUCUUUCACUCAGAAGAAAUAAAUCAAGAAGCAGAUCAUGGUACCAGGAAAGCCCUGCGGGAUCCUGAAUUGUACACCAGCCUCGUCCUCGGGAUCCAGCGCAGAGCUGAGGCCGCACUGUCACUGCGGGCCGAGUGCUCUGUGUCCCCUACCUCUGUUCUCGUCUCAGCUGGGGGUCUGUGUAAAAGCACGUGUUCUUGGGGGUUCCCUCCCAUGAUUCUGAUCUGGCGCGGGGUUUCUGAAUAGAUUAGAAUGGGAAACACAUGAACACUCCAUACAGGGGACAGGCCUUUAAUUUAAGCGCUUGCUAUCCAGACUGAGCACUGAGUUCAGCCAGUGAGGUAAAAGGGGAGCUGGGAUGUGUUUUGGACAAGUAAAAGCUCCUUCACAGUCCUGAGCAUUGGUUAUCCUGUUUGUGUCUAGAGGACUUGCCUCUCAGGUGAAGAGUCUCUGCUUUCCUCCCAUCUCACGUGAAUAACUGUAGCUACUGGGUUUUCCUUAUUCCGGAUUUGUUAGAAUCCACAUCAGAUCACAAAGCUGAGAAAGACCCUUGGUUUAUUGGGACAUGUCGCUGGUAAUAUCUCCUUGCAUUAAUUUCUUUACGUCUUUUCCAUACCCAUGAAGAAAAAAUGCAACUUUUUGUUCUGGGUUUUGUUUUGUUUUCAUUGCAGGUUUAUUUUUUAACCCCCAUUACUCAUCUCUCUCUGUCCCUCGGGACAUCCAGGACAAAAUUGUAUUUCAACAGUUAUUUAAAUCAAACAAAAAGUAUUAUUUUUCCCAGAGUAAUGAAGGAUAUGUUUUUAACCUUGAUCUUGAUGUAAAAAGCUAAAAUGCACUCUUGGUUGUUGGUAUCCAUUUGCUUAUAGUUAAAUGAAAUUAAGGAGGCUUGGGUCAGGAUUCUUGGUUUGCUUGGGAGCUUUUAUUGUCCCGACUCUCACUUUAAGGAGAUAAUCAGAUACCAUUUAAUGAUGUGUCUUGGGUGGUGGAGUACUAACCAGGUCUUUGAUAAAUCUUCCAGAACCUGAGGCUCGCGUGCUUUGGAGCUGCUGUGGAUGGCCCUGGCUCUCUUGACCACCCUUCCGAGUAGGAUGUCACUGAGAUCCCUCAAAUGGAGCCUCCUGCUGCUGUCCCUCCUGAGUUUCCUUGUGAUGUGGUACCUCAGCCUGCCCCACUACAAUGUGAUAGAACGUGUAAACUGGGUGUACUUCUAUGAGUAUGAGCCAAUUUACAGACAAGACUUUCGCUUCACGCUUCGAGAGCAUUCAAACUGCUCUCAUCAAAACCCAUUUCUUGUCAUCCUGGUGACCUCACACCCUUCAGAUGUGAAAGCCAGACAGGCCAUUAGAGUUACUUGGGGUGAAAAAAAGUCUUGGUGGGGUUAUGAGGUUCUUACAUUUUUCUUACUAGGCCAACAGGCUGAAAAGGAAGACAAAAUGUUAGCAUUGUCCUUAGAGGAUGAACACCUCCUUUACGGUGACAUAAUACGACAGGAUUUUUUAGACACAUAUAAUAAUCUGACCUUGAAAACAAUUAUGGCAUUCAGGUGGGUAACUGAGUUUUGCCCCAAUGCCAAGUACAUCAUGAAGACAGACACUGAUGUUUUCAUCAAUACUGGCAACUUAGUGAAGUACCUUUUAAAUGUAAACCACUCAGAGAAGUUUUUCACAGGUUAUCCUCUAAUCGAUAACUAUUCCUAUAGAGGAUUUUACCAGAAAGCCCAUAUUUCAUACCAGGAGUAUCCCUUCAAGGUGUUUCCUCCCUACUGCAGUGGGUUGGGUUAUAUAAUGUCCAGAGAUUUGGUGCCAAGAAUCUAUGAAAUGAUGAGUCACGUAAAACCCAUCAAGUUUGAAGAUGUUUAUGUUGGGAUCUGUUUGAAUUUAUUAAAAGUGGACAUCCAUAUUCCAGAAGACACAAACCUUUUCUUUUUAUAUAGGAUCCAUUUGGAUGUCUGUCAACUCAGACGUGUGAUUGCAGCUCAUGGCUUUUCUUCCAAGGAAAUUAUCACAUUUUGGCAGGUUAUGCUGAGGAAUACCACAUGCCAUUAUUAAUUUGACAAAAGCCUAGAGAAAGACAGGAUACUCUUUGGAUAAUAUUAAAAUUACUUUAAAAUCUCCAAUGGAAAACUCAUGGGAAGGUCACUGUGUUGACUUACACUCAUGAAGUGCCCAUGGACUGGGGACUGGAGGGGUUACACUUGUGACUUAUUUAGACAAAAAUCAAGUCAGGCCCUCUAACGGGAGGAAAUGGGAGAUUUUUGUUAAUAAAACUAAUAGGACAAAAUUAUUUGAACAUGCCAUUCUAGAAAUUAGAACGUGUUAAAAGGAUUUCAUUGGAUUAUAAUCUCAUCAGUCCGUAAAAACAAAGCAAUGUGGAGUUCUAAUCAUUGAACAGAAUAGUCAGGUAAAGGUUUUGUGUAUAUCUUACAUGGGUUACCAGUUUUUAAAAAUACAUAGUUCUGUGUAAAAAAACUGAAGUUAUACUGAGCAAAAUUUCAUCCAUUUUGGUCAUUCAGAGGGUACUUCAAGAUGUUAUAGCAUUUCACAGUUAUGAAUUACUGUCUAAUAUUACGUAGGACUUUCUGAUGUUUGAAUGUUAUGGUUGUUUCAAUACUUUAUAAAGAUAAUAAUGAAUCAGCCUUUACAUUUGAACUUUUCUCCGGUUACUUCACUGAUGAGUUUAUUGUUUGAUAGCUCCAUUAGUGUAAAGUCAUUGGUCAUUAUUGCAUAUCAGUAAUCUCUUGGACUUUGAUAAAUAUUUUACCGUGGUAAUACAGAGAAGAAUUAAAACAAGAAGAUCUGAAUUAUUGUCUUGUUUUUAAAAAUGUAAUUCCCAGUGUUUUUAUGUCACUACAUCUGUCUCAUUUUUCCACUUGAAAAUUGGGAAUAAUAUAUAGAAUGCCAGGCUGCAUGUUUCCUUUUGGAAAGGACUCUGAAGACAAAAAAGAAAAGAGAGAACCCAAUGGCCAGGAUAUUAUGAAUGUUAUUAUGAAUCUGUUUCAUGUGUGUUCUCAUUAACUGUCAAUUUGAGAAUAAAGACGGAAAAAACA